AUGUCAUCAGUCCCCCAAGACUCGAGUCUAGAUAUGCCUGAAACCAAAGAAGCUUGCCGCUGCAAGACCGACUGCAACUGCCACUCGGCUGGCUGCGAAUGCAAGCCGAAGUGUGGUUGUGACUCUGGUUGCCACUGCAAACCCAAACCCAAGCCCGAUCCCGCCUGUGGCAAUCCCCACGACGCUGUCCCCUUCCUUCGCGCUUACAGUGCGUCGGCGACCGACCACUUCUACACUACCGAUGCGGCCGAGAUGGAACAUGCUGUGGCCUCGCUCGGCUACGUAGCUGAGGGCAACGCCGGCUACGUCUUUCUGACCCAGGUGGGGGCGACGAUCCCGCUCUACCGCCUGUACAACGCGGCUGGCACAGACCACUUCUACACGACAUCCGAGUCGGAGAAGAACACGGCGGUCGCCAGCGAUGGUUAUGUGUUCGAAAGCAUUAUAGCCUAUGUGUACAGUUCGCAGAUCUGCGACAGCAUCCCGCUCUAUCGCCUCGACAACUAUCCUAUCAUCGACCAUUUCUACACCACAUCGGCGAGCGAGAGGGACAACGCAAUCGCGAAGGAUGGCUAUACGUCGGAGGGCAUCGCAUGCUACGUGCUGCCGACCAAAGCUUGAAGUCGAGGGAACAGCUCUUCUGUUCAGUACAUAAACAUAUUCAACGUUGAAUGUCUUGAACUCUUGUCGAGAGUUUGUAGUACUUUCAGCGGAUUUAUUUCCAGCACGCAGUUCCAUUUUCUGCCUUGUGAUGAAUCUUCGAUGAAUAUGAUUUUGUUGCGAC